AUGGAAAGUUCACGCAUUAUUAAAAAAAAUGAAGCUGGUAUACGUUUAGAAAAAUUGGUAUUCCUUCAUUUUCGAGAUAUUGUGACUUCAAAACAUCUAUGCAGACUCUGUUUCAAGCGCGGCGAGAUUCUCGUCAAUGGCAAACCUGCUGAAAGCACACGUCUUCUUCGCGAAGGAGAUGAGAUACGUUUACAGAUUAAUAAGUCGGCAUUGGAAAAAGACAGACUAGGCAUGUCUGUAACCUUAAAUUUUGAAGACGAAUACCUUGCCAUAGUAACAAAGGACGCUGGUGUACACAUGAAGGGUUUGAAAGAAGGGUUGUCCUUUGCGUUGAACAACGGAGUGAAGAUCGAUAGUUGUGAAUAUACUUGCAUUAACCAAUUGCCAAGAGCCGUCAAUGGUUUGAUUAUAGUAUCGAAGACAAUGGAUAUAAGGAAUAAACUCGCAAAAAUGUUAAAAUUAGAAGAAAUUAAGCAAAGAUACCGUGUUAUCGUCCACGGCAAAUACGAAUACUCAACUUCUCCGAAUCCAAACUUUGAAGUUCACCAGGUACAUCUCACCAGAAGUACGUCUGGUGAAGGAAACUACCUUACUACUUUGGAUGUUGUUAUCAAUUCUUGUUCAGAAACGUUAGCAUCUGAUAUUAAAAAAUAUUUUGCAAAGAUUUGUCACCACAUUGUCGGUUCAAAUUCUUGUUCCAAGGAGUUAAAAUCAUGUAAGGAUAAAGGAAUGAUGAUGGCAUUGGUAGAAAUCUCGUUGCAACAUCCAGUAAUGGAGAAAAGAAUUAUUGUGAAAAUAGAAGAGCCUCCGAAGUUUGAAACAAUACGACAACGGGAGUUACGCUUUUACAACAAAAAACGUAAAGAGGAAAUUGAAGAGCUAGAUCGUUAUGGAAUCAAAUUUUCAGAAAAUCACGAUUCGCAAAUACCUAUUGCGUAUACUACGGGUGAAAAGGAAUUUUUUGAUUUGCGAUUUUAUGUCACCAAGGAUACUAUGAUUCCUAGAUCUUCAACAGAAUUUCUAGUGCAUGCAGCAUUAAAUGUAUUCCAUGAAUCAGAUAAAUUUGAUUUUCACAAUGUAAAGGAUAAUCAUGGAAAUCAAUCGUUCGCAAUUUUGGAUAUUGGGACUGGUUCCGGAUCCAUCCUAAUUUCGGUUUUGCACUCUAUAAUAACCUAUUUUUAUCGGAUGACUCCAAAUGUCCCUUUGAAUCCUUUGAUAUUUGGAAUUGGUUUGGACAUUAAUAUUAAUACGCUUGAUGUUGCACGAAGGAAUGCUGCUCGACAUUUGGAUCCCCUCGUUAACCGAAGUGAGAAUCUGGGAGAAAUACUUAAAUAUGAUUUCAUUCAUGCAGAUAUGUCGAACCUUCACAAUUUUAUUCCAUUAUUUAAUAAGGAUUUUAACGUCCUGGUAUGCAACCCCCCAUACCUUGACAACUCCAAAGAUCUUCAUAAAGAUGAUAAACGCCUUCUUGAACCUCGAGAGGCAUUAUUUGCUGAUGAAGAUGGAUUCAAAGCCUAUCGAUUGCUUUUCGAGACUCUAGAAUUAUCAUUUACAGAAGGGAAAAAUAUUUUGCGAAAAGAUGCCUCGGUGAUCGUGGAAGUUGGAAGCAAGAUGGCAGAAAAGGUUAAGAAGAUAUUUAAAGGUUGGAAUUGUGUGAGAAGUAUUAAUGAUCGCCAGGGUUUUGAAAGAUGUUUGAUUUUCCGUCGUUACAACGGUGACUCCGGAUUGAUAUCUAAUUUGGAAGAAGCUGAAAGAAAAUAUAUUGAGAAUGCUUUAUAA